AUGGCAACCAAAGAAUGUUUAACUAUACCAGAUAUAUCAUCUCAUUUGCAUAAAUCUAUAUCCGAGUGCCAAAGUGUUAAUUUCAGAACGUUUCCAAGAACACUUCACAGUCCACUCGCAGAUGCAUGGCGAAAGACAUUUGUAUCUGCUUCCAAGAGGCGUAGUCAGCAGCUUCUAGAUACCAGUAUGACAAGUAUUAUCGAUACAGCCAAAUGGAGCACCUGUCUUGAAUCAAUAGAUAUGACACCGUAUUUCGCCGUAGGAUCCGGAGCCAAAACAAACAAUCUGUUUAUUCUAGAAAAUACUGCAGUAAAUAAGCUAGAUGCAGUUGAAAACUACACCCCUCCAGUCGAUUCCCUUGUACUCAAGUCAGCGUUUAGUCUUCCUGGUCAAAUUUUUGAUUUAUCUAGUAUUGGAGAUAUACUUGUUACUGCAGAACCAAAUGGGCUUGCUCAAAUUUACAAAGUCGAGUUGCAGGAUUUAGGCACAAAAGGAAAAGGCAUUACACACGUCCAGGAAUGUGUGAUUGGUGAUACUGCGAUAUCUAACGUUAUAUCUCCACCAGGAGUAUUGAUCCAAUCCACUCGUUUAAAAUGCAUUGAGUUGGAACCCACUUCAGCGCCGUUAUCUACCAAUCGAAAUAGUGACUUUUCUGCAGUUUCAGUUCGUCGUGUAUCUGUGAUACAAAGUAAAAAGGUGCAUCUGUAUGACUUGCCAACUUCAAAGGUUAUAUGCAGCGUGCAGCCAGGAAAUAAACCGUUAAACAAGGUUGUGUAUAGCUCACAUGCACCUUUUGGAUCACUAAUGGCUGUGGGCGGUCAUGAUAUGAACUUGUACUUGAUGGAUUCUCGCAUCAUGAGAUCUGGAGGUGAAAACUCUCAAUCGACAGUUGUAUGGAAAACAGCAAACGCUCAUUCCAUGCCAAUUAUGGAUAUCAAAUUUAAUCCGUUUAUUCCCUAUUGGGUAGCAUCAAGUGAUGCUGGUGGAGCUGUAAAGGUUUGGGACAUUCGAUAUGCUGCUGGACCAUCCGCAUGCAUCAAUGGUCACUUUGAUUCUGUCAACUCCAUUGCUUGGUCCAAUACCCAUUGUGAUAUCAUUUCCUUUGGAUCGUCAGAUCGUGCCUGGCGUGCUUGGUCUAUUCAACCAGAUCAACUUGUUUCUGCAGAUCCUACUUCCAAUAUGUUUAUUGGAUUUCCUGGAUCUGAUUGGGGUAUGUCCAUUAAUCCUAACGAGUCUGCUCAUGCCGUCAUUGGAUCAAAAAUCAUUGGAGAGCAUCAGACCGACUAUACUGCUCCCAUAGUAUCUGUAAUAGCAUCCAACACACAUGCAGAUACGUUCUUGACACUGUCGGCUGCAGGAGAGAUUAUGAGUCAUACAAUUCGUAGCAAUCUGCUUGAACAGCUUGCUAUACAUAGAUAUGACGACAUUUCUGCUCGAAACGUUGAAACAAAAAUAUAUGCUCGAAAUCUUACAGAUACUUUUCAAUGCCUUACAAAGUACCUUCGUGCCGAGCGGCCUACAGGGGAAAUGACAGCCAAGCACGAGCAAGAGCUGAUUGAACUAGUGACAAAAAAGCCUCCAUUAACACCGGCACCUAUUUGUUUAGAUACAGAGAAGCAAGAUCUAAACCGCUCAUUUGCUCAGACAUCUCAUUCAACUACUGCUAAUACUAGUUUGAAUACUAAUGAAGACUGGUUUUCAGGUGCUGAAAAACAUACAGACACUCGCGAUAUGGUUGUUGCAUUCCGUGAAGAUCUUGAAACCUAUGGAUAUGGUCUUCCACCAGGCUAUGGUAUUCAUACUCACAAUUUUAGUAUAGUUGACAAAUUGAUUCAAAGCCAAUUUGAUCUUACUGUUAUGCGUUUCAAAAUUGUCGAUCAAGUUUUACAAGGAAAUUGGCAGGCCAUCAUUGAUAACGAAAAGGCACUUUACAGUGGAAUGGAGACAGAUUCAGAGUUGCUUGACUGUGACACAAUUCAAUUUUUUACCGAAGAAUUGAUUACGCAUUCGCUCUUAAAGGGUAUGACUAUGGUAUUAAAGUUUGGGGAGUUGGUGGCAGAUACACCCAAAGCCCAUUUUGAGAAUCUGGCAAGUACAAUGGGAUUGCUACUUUUUCCAACGGUUUAUGAUUCGGCAGAAUGGCUGCCUGAUUUGCAGUCAAAUUUAGCAGCUCAGCCACAAAUUGAAAGACAGGCUACAAUUGAAGACUAUGUUUCUCGGGUGCGUAGAAUGCGAUUGUCAUUUGGAGAAGAUAUUGUUUCUCCUACCAUUUACUCUGGCGGGGUAAUAAAUUCAGCUGUGGGCUCAUUGGGAUCACCAGUGACUUCUGGUGUGUCAUCUACUCCUCAAACACAGUAUCUGGUACCUAGCAGUCCAAGGAUAUUUCCAAAGGAAGUGACUCUACUUCGAAGUAAUAGUUCCAAGUCGCUAGUAAAUGUAAAAUCAUCUCCCGUUAAACCAACUGGCGUCUUACCACUUUUGAGCAAAGUGUCUAUUCACAAAGACGCGAGCGGAUCCAACUUGUUUAGAGAAUUAUAUAUGCGAAAGCACACCCAAAUUCUACGUGUUGCUUCUGAGCCCAAAGAAAUCUUGCCCAUGAUCUCGCUGGAAAUUCGACUGAUCAAAAUUGCCGAAAAACAGUCCGAGAAUAUUGAUGAAGAGAUUGUGCAAGCCAUGCAGCAAAAUGUCAUGACGGACUCGGGUGUAUCUGGUGUACGUGGUCGUGGAGGUACCAUUUCUUCAAAUGCAAGCAUGCUCGGUGGACCUAUUGUGGCACCUUUUGAGCGAACCAUUUCGGCAACAGCAAACAGAUUGUAUGUAGAUGCACUGCUUGCCACUAAGCGAUUUGAGGAUUACUUUGGUGCAACUAUAGAUUUGAUUGUGUCGCAACCAACAUCAGAUUUUUCGCGUAUGCUGUUUAAGCUGAUUGAAGUAGAAGGUGUACCGAAACUCAAGACACACAUUGAUACGUUGUACACUACAGCUACCAAUCAUCUUCAAGCUAUUUUUUCAAACACUUCAGCCGUGCCAUCCGGCCCACCCAACCCAAUGACUUCCAAGAGUUUAGUUCAGGGAUCUAAGCUUUUGAGAGAUGCCAUGAUUGUGCUCGUCAAGUCUGCUGCACACAUCAUGCAAGGACAAGAGCUUCUUCGUAGCGAAAAAUUAUACCUCGAGUCUUUAAUGCGUCAAAUGACACAGUUGACUGCCAGCAUGCUACAACUAAGUGGGAUGCUUAGUAAAAGCUUUGAGCAUUUCGAUAAACAGCUUGGUAAAGGAAACCAGACCACAAGAGAGUGGGCACAGACUGUUCAUGAUUCACUGCGAGAUGCAGCACGAACCUUUCCACUUUCAGCCAACAAAGCACGACCAACGCAAUUGAACGAAAAGGCAGCAACAGGACAUACGAUCCACGAGGAGGUGUUUAGUACACUAGAUAAGCUAUAUCGGGGAUUUAUUAAGCCUGAUGCAGGACAAAGUGCCUGA